CUACCGAGAACAAGAAAACAAGGCCCUUUAAAAACAAAUGUGGCUUGGGUUGUGGGCUUGUCCCUUUCUGGUUCCCCACCAUUCCAAUGGCCCCACCCGCAUUCCCACACCACCAUCACAUUAAAAUGACUGCCUCAUUUCAAGCCGACCAAUAACCCUAGUUUUUUCAGUCUCCAUGCCACUUCGUUACCAACGUUUUUUGGGAGCCUUCGACUUUUGUUCCAUGUCAUCUGCCACAUCAUUGUUCAUGUUGCUAGAAAGCCCUAGCCAUGUCAGCAGCUGGCCAUCCACUGUCGUAUCAGGUUCCAGCCACUUUGGCAGCAGGAAACGAGGAACAAAUGACCUCUUUGCUAAACAGGCCUGAAAGGCGGGUUGAGAUCAUAUAUAUAGUCCAUUAUAUUUGGUUGGAUUGCACUGCAGAAUUCCUGUAUUGAGAUCCUAAGUUCCAAUCCUCCGGGUUCUGUGCAAUAUUGGUCAAACUCACUUCAUCUUUGGGAUUUGUUUGCUUCUCUGUGUUCUAUAUCUCUGAAAUUCGAAUGAAUUCUUCAACACCCAAAAUGAUGAGCAUGCUCCUGCUGCUUGUAAUACUAUUGGGAAAAAAUGGGUUGGCUACCAGCGACUAUAGUUACAGGAAUUGUGAAGGUAUUGUCAAGAGUUGGGCUGACAAAUCAUUGCUGGAAUUGGAGGGAAGAACAGAGCAAGAGAAUUUGGAGUUAAAGGACUUGCUGUUUUUUCUUCAUGUUCCAAGAACCGGGGGCAGAAACUAUUUCAACUGUUUUUUGCGGAACUUGGUUCCCAGAGACCAGGAAUGCCCACGAUCCUAUGACAAGCUUCGGUUUGACCCAAGCGAGCCAGGAUGCAAGUUAGUGGUAACUCAUGAUGAUUACAGCCUCAUGUCAAUGCUGCCAAGUGAGAAAACAUCUGUUGUAACAAUAAUGCGCAACCCUGUGGACCGGGUUCUUAGCACUUAUGAAUUUUCUAUUGAGGUUGCAUCUAGGUUUUUGAUACACCCAAACUUAUCAUCAUCCAUCCGCACAAAACGACGAAAUUUUACAAAGAUGAUAGGUGUCAGCACCUUGGAUAUUUGGCCAUGGAAGUAUCUGGUUCCAUGGAUGCGCAAAGACCUUUUUGCUCGGCGUGAUGCAAGGCACCCAGGAAGGAUGGUUAUGCAGGGGGAUGUAGAUUCUUAUGACUUUCCAGCUAUGGUAAUGCCAUUGCAUGAGUAUAUUCAUCAACCUAUAGCAUAUGAUAUUAUACAUAAUGGAGGUACAUUUCAGGUAGCAGGGCUCACUAAUAACUCCCACUUAGAAGAAGCACAAGAAAUACGCCAAUGUGUGGUGGAAUACCCAUUCUUGGGGAAGCAUGUAUUGAAAGUUGCAAAGAGGAGAUUGGAUCAAAUGUUCUAUGUAGGGCUUACAGAGAACCAUAAGGAUUCUGCUACAAUAUUUGCAAAUAUGCUUGGCACAGAAAUGCUGUCUCAUUUACACUUUUCGAACUUUUCCAUUUGGAGUUCCCAUGCAGCUAGUAACAAGACAGGUUUGACCAAAGAAACAAGUCAAGCACAGAUCAGUGUUGAGGGCCAGAAAUUAAACAUAAACCCUGCUAUUGAUUAUGCUAAAGAACAAAAGGGAAAUUUUACAGUUGCUAGUCUGCUUGAUACUUAUGAAAAAUGUGCCCAUAGUACAAGGUCUAGUCAAGGUCAGCGCCGCAUUUCUUCAUUGAAGGCCCUUGCACCAGCGAACUUCACAAAGGAGGAACGGACUCGUAUACCAGAAAGUACCAUAAAAGAAAUUGAAAGAUUGAACAGUCUUGAUGUUGAGCUAUUUAAACAUGCUCAGAAUAUAUUUUCUCAACAACGGAAGGCUUUGAAUGAACACAAGACUUUUGUUCUACAUGAGUCAAGUUCACAGGAGGACAACUUUAACAGCAGAAUCUCAAGUUGCCAAUCUCUAAGUAGCUUUUGGCCAUUUGUAUUGAUUGCACCAAUUUUUGCAGUAGUCGUUUUUAUAGCUGCUCGAGGGAGAUCUUCAAAGAUCAAAUUGUAAUUUUUCUUACUGGAUAUUUAAAUUCUUAAUAAUAUAUGUUCUUCAUUCCCAUUUUUUGUCACAUCUGUGACUUCUAAAUUUAACCUUCUCGUACUUGAAGGUGAAGUGGGGAAGGGCAUAGGGAAAGACUCUCGCACCUAUGAAGGAUUUUGGAGAGUCUUGCCCUUGAUGUAAGGCAUGUACAUUAAAUUAGAAGAGAAAUAUUAAAAUUUGCCUC